AACUCCGUCAAGCAACGAGGACAGGUCCAUCCCCUUCAUUAUAAUGUCCACCUUGGAAAGUUGAAGUGGGAAUGAGCUGAGAAUCCAUAUGGUUUAGGUUUGAAUGUUAAAUAGUGGUUUUGGUGACCAAAUAAUCAGAUCUGAGACUAUAAAACCCCACCUCCAAGAAGGGUAGGAAGAAUAAAGAUCUGAAUGCAACUCAGAUAGCUCGUGAUGCAGCCCAGAAUCAUAUUCUGCAUCGCAGUCUCUGCAGCCAUAUUAGCAGUUAUCCUCUUGGCUGUGAUCUCACCAGUAGCCAACAGGAAGCGACAGAAGAAUCAAACAGGGCCUUCAAUAGCCCUCUCCUUGUACAUCCAACAUCCCCAAAAAACACAUCCCACCAACUCUACACCGGUAACGCCAUCCAGUGCUGAAGCAUUCGUAUUCCACCACACCAUUACUGAAGGGGCUGAGAACAGUUCACCAGUCAUCGGCAAAGCUCAGGGGUUCAUAAUUCCGAUAGAGCACUUUGCACAUUCCAUGUUCAACAUCAUAUAUCUCACCUUCAACACACCGCAGUUCAAUGGUAGUCUCAGUGUCCAGGCCAAACACAUAACACAUAAGGCCAGAGAAGAGCUAACAGUGGUCGGUGGAACGGGGUCCUUUGCCUUUGCACGAGGUAUCGCCGUCUUUGCCCAGAAGGAUCCACAACCAUCUGAUGUCGACGCCAUAUACCAUGUGAAGCUACUUCUGAAAUUUCCCAGUAGAAUCUAGAUCAUGGGCGGAUGAAGCAUGUUUUUUGUAUCAGAAUCACCAUUUCAUUUUUUGACCUUUUAAGAGGGCAGACCUUGGUGCACGGUAAGGUUGCUCCAUUAUGACCUAGUAGUCAUAGGUUUGAGUGGGGAAACAACCUCUCUACAAAGCUGGGGUAAAGCUGCGUACAUUAUCCCUCUCCCUAAACCCCCAAGCGGUGGGAGCUUUGUGCACGGUACACACCUUUUCUCUUCUGACCUUUUUCAUUUAUCUUCUGUAGUUUUGCGGGUAUUAUUCCCUUGGUGUUUCAAAAGA